AUGCGCGGAGUAACGCUGGCACUCCCUUGUCCACUUGUUGAUAUCCUAAACCAUGGUAGGCCAGAAUACUUCUUCCUUGAGUCUGUUCAACAAUUUGUGAGCACUGAAAUGCCCAGCAAAUGUUCCUGCAUGCGCUUCGUGAAAGAUCUCAUAGCGAGCACUUUUUGGGGCCACGUACACCAAAGUUCCAUCUUUCAUAGACCCUGUGUCCAGUUUUGCUGGAACCCGCAUCUCCAUCAAAUGAGCCCACGCUGGCACCAUGUUUCCUACCAAUGGCACCUCUGA